GUUCGGCAGCUGCUCCAGAGGAACCCUGACAGCCACGUCAUUGCCACGUGUCGCAAUCCUGCAGCAGCAGCGGCGCUACAGGAGCUCCAGAGUAGAAGCGGGGAUCGGCUGACUGUUCUCCCCCUGGACGUGACCGAUGAGGCAACCAUCGAGGAAGCAGCACGGCAUGUGUCAGCCACGUGGGGGCACCUCAACCUCCUCAUCAACGCGUCUGGUCUUCUCCACAUGCCGGGCGCCAUGAAACCAGAGACGUCCAUGAAAGCACUCACGCCACAGGCCUUGCUCACCAGCUUCCAAGUCAACGCAAUGGGGCCAGCGCUGGUCAUCAAGAACAUGGCGCCAUUGCUGGCAGUGGGAGGAGGCGCAGCGGCAGGGAGGGAGGUGGCAGUGGCAGCCAGCAUGAGCGCACGGGUGUCCUCCAUAGGUGAUAACAGGCUUGGUGGGUGGCAUUCCUACCGCGCUUCAAAGACUGCUCUCAACCAGC